AUGUCUCAAGAAUCUGUUGAGGAGAUAUUUGGGGAGGAAGUUGAGGGCAUCGGAUACUCGAAGAGCGGGACGGGUCAUGAUGAGACUAGUACGAAAAAAGAGGGUGAGAGUGUGAAAAUUGGCGAUGAAAUUCCGCCAUCACUCGAGGCUUUUCUGAAAACUGACCCAAGAGCCGGGCUUACCACUGAAGAAGCGAAAUCACGGUUAGAAAGGUUUGGAAGGAACGAGAUUGCCGACGUUAAAACCAAUCCCAUCAUAAAAUUUAUCUCUUACUUCCGAGGUCCCAUCGCCUAUUUAAUAGAGAUCGCGUGUAUUGUCGCCGCCGUUGUUCGUGACUGGGUCGACUUUGGAAUCAUAUUCGCGCUACUGAUUAUCAAUGCGUGUAUCGGUUUCUUCGAAGAAUCCCGAGCAGAAUCUGCGUUAGACGCGCUACGUCAAUCUUUGGCAUUGAAGUCCCGGGUCGUGAGGGAUGGCAAGUUGGUGGAGAUAGAUUCGGCUGAAUUGGUACCGGGAGACGUGAUCGUAUUAAGGAUUGGUGACAUUGUGCCGGCUGAUUCCAAGUUAUUGGGAAUCACUGCGACCGGGAAUAAGUCGGAUGAUGGUUUAUUGAUCGACCAGUCGUCUCUGACCGUCAUCCUCGUCUUGAUCAUCUUCGUCUAUGAAUUGAUAAGACAACGAGGAAGUAAUGUCUUGAGUACUCUGCAACUAGUGCUGGUGUUAACAGUCGCCGCUAUUCCGGUUGGACUGCCGACUGUGCUAUCAGUCACAAUGGCCGUGGGAGCAAAGCAACUAGCCGCUAAGAAAGUCAUUAUCAAACGCUUGACUGCCGUCGAAGAAUUGGCCUCGGUUAACCUCCUAUGCUCGGACAAAACUGGUACGCUCACAUUGAACGAUCUUACGUUCGACGAACCGUGGUUAUAUAACGGUCACACCAGUUCCGAAUUACUCCUCUAUUCCUACCUUUGUUCGGAGUCCGAUACCAAUGAUGCCAUAGAAACGGCCGUAAGAAAAGCUGCCAAAUCAGAACUUGCCAUCAUAAAGAAUAGCGGUAGCGAUCGCGAAGUUCCAGGAUAUAGAGUCACCUCAUUCACUCCCUUUAACCCUUCGACCAAAUAUACCAAAGCUACCGUGACGAAUUUACAAACCAAGGAAAAUUUUCAAAUCAUUAAAGGCGCCCCGCAAGUCAUUAUCAAACUUACGGGCGGGAAUGAGGAAGCCACCAAUGCCGUGAAUGACCUUGCCUCUCGUGGAUUAAGAGCCUUGGGUGUUGCGAUAUCGUCACCUCUAGAAUCCAACGACACCAAUAACCAAUAUCCGCAAUGGAACCUGAUCGGACUGAUAAGUCUUCUAGAUCCUCCAAGACCAGAUUCCAGAGAGACCCUUAGUCGAUGCCGAGAAUUUGGAGUCACCGUAAAAAUGAUUACUGGCGACCAAGUUGUCAUCGCCAAAGAGGUGGCACGUCGACUCGGGAUGAACCGGGUGAUAUUAGAUGCGAAUUAUUUAGCAGACCCUAAUCGAUCGGAAGAAGAGGUGACGGAAGCUUGUGAGCGAGCCGACGGAUUUGGACAAGUGAUACCAGAACAUAAGUAUAGGGUGGUAGAGCUGUUACAGAAGAAAGGACAUUUGGUGGGGAUGACGGGCGAUGGGGUAAACGACGCGCCAGCCUUAAAACGUGCCAAUGUUGGCAUAGCGGUGGAAGGAUGCACGGAUGCUGCCCGAAGUGCCGCCGAUAUAGUGUUACUAGCAUCAGGCCUAUCAACAAUUGUCGACGGGAUAAUGACCUCACGAGCAAUAUUCCAGCGGAUGAGGAGUUAUGCCUUAUACCGUAUCACCUCGACCAUACAAUUUCUGCUGUUCUUCUUUUUCAUCAUAUUGAUCGAAGGUUGGACGUUGCCAGCGGUGUUGGUGAUAUUAAUCGCGUUGUUAAAUGAUGCAGCGACUUUGGUAAUUUCCAUUGAUAAUGUGCAGCGCUCCACAUUUCUUAAUUUUCUCCACCCGACUAACGGGGUACUUCUGGGAAAACAUGGCGUCACCGAUAUUCACCGCAUCCUUAUUUGGCACCCAGAUAAUUUCAUUACUUAUGUCGAUUUAUGGACUUUUGACCGAGAAGAUUGGUUGGGGAAUGUCGUUUGUGAUUUUAGCGAUCUCACUAGUGAUCUGCAUUUUCCUCGAUUUUGUGAAAGUAUUUAUAUAUCGCUAUUGGUCAUUCGAACUCACCACAAAACUGUGGCCGUCACCGGCGAGACGAGCGAAGUUAGCAGUCAGACACGAGAAGUCCGAAUUUGA